AUGAAGAGACCGUCAUUCUCGGACCCGCAAUCGCUGAAUAUUGGCUAUGCAUCUGGAAUGAGCAAUCAUGAUCCCGAAGUCGCGGCUGUUCGGCCCUUUGUCCCUUUCAUUGAUCUCACUAUCUCGACUGACCCUUCGCCCUCACAACCUUUGAGCAAUCCAGUCUAUGCUCUCACAAGUAUCAUCGAGAUCAAGGAUCUGGGCUUUUUUGAGGCUUUGCGGACGCAAGCAGUUAUGGUAGCCCUCGAAAAGAAAGACGGAUCGGAUCGAUAUGUCAAGAUUCGCUCCUCAUUUCCAGACCCCAAAUGUCUCGAUAUGGAGUGUGUCAUUUGCUACGAUGAAAGGCCAGAUAAAUUACUUCAUCUGAAAUGUACAAUAGAGUACAUUGCGCUGCCCUUUUCAGGACCCAACAAUCCCAGCGGAAAGAAGAUUCCUCGCCACGAGAAGACAAGUUAG